AUGGUGCCUGUGCAACUGUUGGUUCUUGAGGCUUUCCUGCUGUUGGACGUUGGCAGUCUCGCUGGCAACGCUGCCGUCUUCUCAGCGUCUGGGCACAGCGUUCACACACACUCCCGGGUGCUCUUUCUGACCGAUCCGGCGACGCUCCUCGUCUCUCUGGGCUGUGCUGACUGCAUCCUCGUGGAGACCGCGGCUUAUGAUGGGUUUGAGGCUCUCCGGGACCUCCUGCGUCACACCCUCGUCAUGAAAAGACAGCUGCGCACCCAGCUGGCCGUCGGCGCCCUGGUCCUUGGUUUCGUCCCAGCCUUACAACUGACAGCUCAGCUUUUCCACCUGUCUUUCUGUGGCCACAACAGAAUCACGCAUCUCUGCUGCGAUGCACUCCCGAUCUGGCGGGUGGCACGUGGAGAUACCCAAAGAUGCGCGCGGCAGAGGGACAGCCCGGGCGUCUCCACCUGCUCCCCACCCCGACUGUGGUUCCUCCAGGACGGCUGCUGUGGCCUCGUCCAGCUACGCCGCGGCGCCAGCUACGGCCCAGAGACGGGCAGGUGCUGUCUGUCUCUGCAGCUUCGCACCCUGGAUCUGAGAAACAGGGAACUGAAAGACGCCCUGCGUAAGAGCACCUCCCGCACCCUGAGGACGAUCAGGAAGCCCCACGGAGGUGUCCACGUGGCAAGGAACCACAGCCUCCUAUGA